AUGACUUCGAAUAACGACUGUAAGUCCGCGGUCAAAACUACAAUCAAUAAAUUGAAGGACGAUUUACAAAAUUAUGAACGCUUAGCGGGCGAACGAGUUAAACUGAGCACAGAUAUGAAUGUCUUUGAAUUAACAGCUCAAAAACAAGAAGUAGAAAAAAGACUUAAAGACAAUCAGAAACAGUUACGCACAUUAGCAAAAAAUAUUGAAACUGAUGGUAAACUAUUCAUAGCACUUGAAGAUGAAUACGACACAUCGAACAAUUAA